AUGCCUAUUUUACUUUUCCUGUUAGACACGUCCGCCUCUAUGAAUCAGCGCACUUAUUUGGGUACGACGUAUCUGGACGUUGCUAAAGGCGCGGUUGAGGUCUUUAUGAAGCUGCGUGCCCGAGACCCGGCUAGUAGAGGCGACAGGUACAUGCUAGUUACAUUCGAUGAUCCACCAUACGGAGUGAAGGCUGGCUGGAAGGAGAACCAUGCCACCUUCAUGUGCGAGCUGAAGAAUCUGCAGGCGUCCGGGCUCACAACAUUAGGACACGCUCUUCGCACCGCCUUCGACCUGCUUAACCUCAACCGCCUCAUCUCGGGAAUCGACAACUACGGGCAGGGCCGCAACCCAUUCUUCCUUGAGCCAUCUGUGAUCAUCACCAUCACUGAUGGGAACAAGCUCACGCACAGCUCGGGAGUGCCAGAUGAGCUGCACCUGCCUCUGAAUUCUCCCUUGGCUGGCAGCGAGCUGACCAAAGAGCCUUUUCGCUGGGACCAGCGUCUGUUUGCAUUGGUACUGAGGCUGCCAGGAGCAGCUACACCAGAUAAUGAGCAACUUGGUAGUGUCCCCACGGAUGAGUCUGCAAUCACCCAGAUGUGUGAAGUUACUGGAGGGCGAUCAUAUUGCGUGCGAACACAGAGGAUGUUGAACCAGUGUCUGGAGUCUCUGGUCCAAAAGGUUCAAAGCGGUGUUGUCAUUAAUUUUGAAAAAACCGGGCCAGAUCCGCCUCCAAUUGGGGAAGAUAAUUCUGUGGACUCAAGUCGGCCUGUGUCAUCCUUCGGCCCACAGCCAUGGCACAGCUGCCACAAACUCAUUUACGUGCGACCAAACCCAAAGACUGGGGUGCCAGUCGGGCAUUGGCCCAUACCAGAGUCCUUCUGGCCGGACCAGAACUCUCCAACCCUACCACCUCGCACUGCUCACCCCGUGGUGCGUUUCUCUUGCGUGGACUGUGAACCCAUGGUGAUCGACAAGCUUCCCUUCGACAAGUAUGAACUGGAGCCCUCUCCGCUCACCCAGUACAUCCUGGAAAGGAAGUCCCCACACAUGUGCUGGCAGGUGUUUGUCAGCAGCAGCGGGAAGCAGAAUGACCUGGGGCAUCCUUUUGGCUACCUUAAAGCCAGCACCACUCUCACCUGUGUUAAUCUGUUUGUUAUGCCGUACAACUACCCAGUCCUUCUCCCACUCCUCGACGAUUUUUUCAAAGUGCACAAACUAAAACCAAACCUUAAGUGGCGACAGGCCUUUGAGAUGUACCUGAAGACGAUGCCUCCAUACUACCUCUUGCCCUUGAAAAAGGCACUGAGGAUGAUGGGUGCACCUAACCUUAUCGCGGACACCAUGGACUGCGGACUGAGUUACAGCGUCAUUUCUUACCUGAAGAAGCUCAGCCAGCAGGCAAAAAUGGAGUCAGAUCGUCUGAUUGUGUCGGUGGGGAAAAAGGCUCCGCAGGAAACCGGCAUAAAGGUGAAGAACCACUCCAGCUCGCUUUCUCUAGCCCACCGGCGAGACUUUAAGCAGCUGCUGCAGGGAAUCACGGGGGAGGGGCCCCUUCGCCUGCCGGACAUUAAUUUCAAAGAGUUUGCCGGUUUCCAGAUCGUCCUGCUCAACAAGGAUGUAAAGCCUCAAGCUUAUCGGAAUGCCUACGACAUCCCAAGACGGAACCUCCUGGAUCAGCUCACACGAAUGCGCUCCAAUUUGCUGCGGACGUCACUAAAACUGAUCCGAGGGCAAGAUGAAGAUUCCCUGCACAGUAUUCCAGUGGCUCAGAUGGGAAACUAUCAGGAGUACCUAAAAAUGAUGCCGUCUCCUUUGAGAGAGAUUGACCCCGAUCAGCCUAAACGGCUGCACACAUUUGGGAAUCCUUUCAAGCAGGAUAAGAAGGGGAUGAUGAUCGAUGAGGCGGAUGAGUUUGUAGCAGGCCCUCAAAAUAAGAAGAGAGGAAAUUCCAGUGACUCCAAUUUGGGAGCUACUGUGAAGAGAAGGCGGAGCAUGUCACCGUUGCUGCGGCGGCCGCAGACACCAUCAGGAAACACCAACCAUGUGGUGAUUGGGAAGAACCUAGCAGGGAUUCAGGGGCAGCAGAACCUCCUCAAACCGGUUCCACAGAACAAAGGAGUGGAUAGCAGCAACAUGGUGGUCACAGAGAGUAAUGGCGACAGCGCUCUCGGGCUCGACUCUGGGGAAAUCUGGCCUGCAGAGAUGGAAACUGAGGCAGGGAAUACAUCCUCACCGAGUUUAGAGGAGAACGUUGGGACAGGAGCAGCAGUUCGCGGGGAGGACCUCGGUACGAUGGAGGAGAGGCUGGUGGAAGAUCAUCUAAAUGAGCAGCUGCUGGAGGAGAAGCACAACUGUGAACGCCUGAGUCCACAGAGCCAGCUGGAUGGCGCUGACGCUGAGCCGGCAGUGCCUGAGAUCAUUUUCAUAGCUCCACUAGACGGCAACCUGGCAGAGCUGCGGACGCGGGUCAUCAAGGAGGUCCGCAAACCCGGACAAAACUAUGAUGCAAUACUCAGACUACUGCAGCAGGUGAAAGGCCCGCCAAACGUACAGAGGUACUUCAUCCAGCACGCCAUCAAAGAAGCAAUGAGGUUCAAGAAGCGAGUACUGAUCCAGCAGCUGGAGAACGCCCUCACGGAGCUGGAGGAGAAGCAAACAACACCACAGCUUCCCAAUGACCAUUGCAGAUGAACCCGGCGUCAGCGCUCCUCCUGAGUUCUCCUUGUUUUUACAACAGAUGUACACUACUUUUUAAUGUUCAUAGGGAAUAGAGAUUAUUUUUGUGAAAUUGCUUAUUUCAGAGUCUAAGAAAUAUUUUGAAAGUCAAAUGUUCAAAGCCAUUUUUGUAAACUGUUAAAAUACAUAUAAAAAGUGGAAAGUUUUAUGAACCUACUUCUUUUUUUAUCAAAACAAAAAAAAAAAAAAAAAUGAUAAAAAUUAAA